CUAGUCGAGGAUCAUAUUUCCAAGUUUCCGACCGGAGCAUAAACGUUGGAACACAAAAUGGCGACCUACUUGCAGCGGAUAGGACGACUGGGUUCUCUCAAGUGUCUCCAGUUGGAGAGCUGGGGAGUCCUGAGGAGUCACUCGGUCGCAUCCUUCUGCACUCAGGCUGAAAAAUCCAAAAAGACAAGGGCCACCGGGCAGACAGCAGAAGGUCCAGAUGACAGAGCAACCCUGCUAGCCUACAAGACUGCAGUUGCCUUCCCAGUUAGACUUUCACAGCCUGGAGCUUUUCCAACACAGUCUCUAGGUGUGGUUGAUCCAGUGCAAAGCCCCACUGCCACUGCAGAAAUGGUAGUUGCUGCAGUGCCUGCACCACCUGUCACUGCUGCCAGUGAACCAACUGUAGCUAUGGAGGCAGAGGCCCCAGUUGUCUCCUCAGAUCCAGCUCUUGACACUGAUGUUGCUCAGAUCAUUGCUGACACACCUCCACCUGUAGUUGACACAACAACUGCUGAGCCCCUGGUCAGUGCAAUCAGUAAAACAUCGACACCAGAUGACACUCCAUUUGCAGCUAAUGGAUCGAUCUCCUCAUCAUCCAGUGACUCUGAUUCUGACUCUGAUUCUGACUCUGAGGAUGAGAAGUCAGAACUAAAGAAAGAAAGCAAGAAAUCACUGCCAGAGGCAUCAGAAUUCACUGCGAGAGAAGCACCAGAAGUUCAGGAAGUCACUCCAGACAAAGAAGACACUAAUGAAGAUAAGAAGGAAGUUCCACCAGAACCAUCACAAAUACCCAACAUGCCAGUGAACCCUGCUGCUGAGGCUGCACAGGAGGCUGCUCCAGCAGCAGUAGUAGCAACCACAGAAGCGGCUCAAGCUACUGUGGAGGCAGCCAGUGUUAGCUCUGAAGACUUAGUGGACUCCGCCCUAAAGAUCUGCACUGCCACAGAAGACACCCCAGAGGUCACCGUCACCAGUACUGAAGUUUCAGCUGACACUGCAGUUAAAUUUCCUCCAGAAGCUUAUGUUGAAGCCACUCAGCCUGCCUCUGCUGAUGCCCCUGCUGAAGCUGCCUCAGCUGUCACUGUGGACGCUACCGAAGCUGCCCCCACUGAAGUGGCUGCUGAGACUACAGCAGAUGUUUCCACCCCUGUGGAGAGUGCCAAGGUGCUGGUGGACUGCGCUCCAGUCAUAGCUGAAGCUACAGGAGAGGAACUGCAGAUGAAGGCUCCAUCUGAACUAUCUGAGGAGGCUGCAGCUGUGGCACGUCCAGAGCCUGAGGAGCCUUUUGACAACAGCACUUAUAAAAACUACCAGCACCACAGCUACACCCCAUUCACAUUUGUUGACCUGGAUGUAGAGAUGGCAAAGUUUCGCCUCCCUCAGCCCUCUUCUGGCAGACCCUCACCCAGAUACUAGAAGAGUGUUGUUGCUCAUAAUGUAUGAUUAACCUCCUCCCAUCUGGCAGAUCUGCAUUUAAUUCAGCUGUUAAAAUAUUAUAUUAUUAAAGUACACAAAAAGAAA